AUGCACCCAAUCCUCCUCUCUCCCAUCCUCACCCUCCUCCUUCUCCUCUUCUUCUUCUACUCCGUGGACGCCACGACAUCGUUUUCGUCUGAGGAAACACGGAAUAAGGAAAUCCAGCCAAAGGAAACACCGGUCUGCUCCCAGACUUUCGCCUGUGGCCCGCUCCAAGGCCUCUCAUAUCCGUUCACCGGAGGGGCGCGCCCUGCCCAUUGUGGUCCACCGGAGUUCCACAUCAGCUGCGUGGACGACUCGCCCGAGCUGACCAUCAUGUCGCUGAGGUACCGAGUUCUCGAACUCAACCCAGUUCACAAAAAUCUAAGGUUAGUCCGCUCAGACCUCUGGAACUCGACAUGCACAGACAAACUCGCCAACACAACUAUCAAAUCCGAGUUCUUCGCCUACAAUGAGAACGACGACGUGGAGGUGUCCAUUUUCUACGGCUGUAAUUCCUCUACCAUUACCCCCAAGCCGAGAAUGGUUUCACUGCAACGUCAAUCUGCCUUUCCAAGACUCUUAUUACUUGAUCGGGACGGUCCCGAUCGACCAGAUUAUGAGCGGUGUAAAGUGUAA